AUGGCGAGAAAAAAUUUUUUUUUUCAUAUUUCAAAUAUCGAAUUUAUAAUUUUUAUUAUUUUUCAAACGAUUUGGGUAUUUGCAACUACUCUACCGAUACUUUUGAUAAAUUCUUUAAAAAAUUUAUUUGUAAAAAAGGAAAAAAAUAUCAAAGGACAAACAGUUUUGAUAACGGGUUCCGCAAGAGGUUUGGGAAAAGCUCUCGCUUUUGAAUUUGCUAAAAACGGUUGCCGAAAAAUAAUUUGCGUUGAUGUAAACGAAUCGUUGAAUGAAAAAACCGUUGAUGAAAUUAAUGAAAAAUAUAAACAAUCUCCCAUAACCGCCGUGAAUUUCCGUUGUGACGUCAGCCGUUUGGACGACAUUAAAAACCUUUGCACAAAACUUUACGAGAAAUACGAAACAAUCGAUAUUAUCGUUAAUAAUGCCGGAAUCGUUUAUGGUAAACCACUUCCAAACGAACAAGAAGACAUUGUGGAAAAAGUUCUUCGUGUUAAUUUUAUGUCGUGCUAUUGGUUUGCACAUACGUUUUUACCAAUGAUGAUGAGGAAACAACAAAAUAAAGGUCAUUUAGUUUUCAUUAACUCCCUGUCUUCUCUAAUACCUUUGGGUGAUGCCACAAUGUACACAUCGACAAAAUAUGGUCUUUUGGGUUUGACGGAUGCUCUCAUAGAUGAAUUCAGUCGGAAUCCGAUCAUGUCGAAAAUUAAAAUUUCAUCCGUUCAUCCAUUUUUCAUCGAUACGGAAGGUUUAAACGGUAUGAAAAUAUCACCUAAAUUCAUAACCAUAAAAACAAAAUUAGCAGCGAGAUUGAUCGUGAAUGGUAUUAAAAAAGAAUAUGUUAAAUUUACCGUACCGGGUAACGAAUUCGUCUACUGGUGUUUGUCACUCUCCAAGUGA